AUGGUGUUGUUCUAUGUAAAGUACUUCACCCCAUUCGAUACCAUAUUUAAUAAGUUCAAAAGACAUGGGUUUUGGAUAUAUGCUGGUAUAAUUGUUGCAUCUACGGUAUAUUUAAUCUUUUCGCCAUCACAUUUCCCUGCUUUACCUCCACCACCAUCACCAUCGCCAAAGAAACUGAAACCUUCAAUACAACCACUAGCUAAAGUGGAAGAAAGCACCUCAAUUCAAUCUAAUAAUAGACCUAACGUCCAGAAAAAUGGGGAUAAACCGGCUCAUGUGGUAGAUACAUGGACGAAACGAGAUUUAUACCGAUUUUUAUUUAAACAGAAGAUAUAUCCCGAGAUUAAUGAGGAUAUUACUGUAAUUAGAAGUAAAGUUAUAGCGAUCUACGAUAGUCAAUUGAAAAAUGAAGAGGUCUAUCAACAAUAA